UUCGUUGAAUUUUUCCAAAUACAAAUCGAAAUGAAAAAUUUUACUUUCUGACCAAUUAUUUUAACAAAGUAGGCAUAAAUCCUGAUUAAAGUUACAUUGAUUUUAACAUUUCUGAAAAUUUAGUAUUAAUUUUUGUCGUUUGGUUGUGUUUGAAAAAUACAUCUUGGAUUAGAAGGACGGAAAGAAAUCUGAUACUUGCGGACAAUAACUAAAACGAAGUUGAGAUUUAGUAUAUAGUACCAAUAUUGGUUGUAUUACGUUGAGAAAUGAAUACAAAAAAAAUGUUCUAUGACAAGUGCGAAAUAUGCCAAAAGGAUAUGAAGUUACACGCCUCAAGCAUUUGCAACCAAUGUUACAAGUUAGAGAUGCAAUUAUUGGACGGACGUGGUGCAGUCAAAUGUGACGAUGAGCAGGAGACGGAACAUAAAACCACAACUUCAGCCGUACCUUCAUUUAGCCAGGUUGGUAAUGAAAAGAAUGAGGAGAAAAUCCACGUCAAUCGUUUCGCUGAAGGUUCUGUUAAACCGAGAUGGUUCAACACUUCAAACGAACCACUAAAGUUAUUCCCUGAUAUGGAAAAGAAUGAGGAGAAAAUCCACGUCAAUCGUUUCGCUGAAGGUUCUGUUAAACCGAGCUGGUUCAAUACUUCAAACGAACCACUGAAGUUAUUCCCUGAUAUGGAAAAGAAUGAAGAGAAAAUCCAAGUCAAUCGUUUCGCUGAAGGUUCUGUUACACCGAGUUGGCUCAACACUUCAAAUGAACCACUGAAGUUAUUCUCUAAUAUGGAAAAGAAUGAGGAGAAAAUCCACGUCAAUCGUUUCGCUAAAGGUUCUGUUACACCGAGUUGUUUCAAUACUUUAAAUGAACCACUGAAGUUAUUUCCUGAUAGGGAAAAGAAUGAGGAGAAAAUCCACGUCAAUCGUAUCGGUGAAGGUUAUGUUAAAUCGAGUUGUCUCAAUACUUCAAACGAACCACUGAAGUUGUUCCCUAAUAUGGAAAAUGACAAACAGUUUUUAGAAAUAAAACAAUCUUUACUUGGGUUAGGCCUUAAAAACGCAGCGUCAGGGUCGGUGCCGGAUAUGUUAACCAAUGGUGUGGAGUGUCAAGACUUGUCGUCUGAAAUUGGUGAUACAACCGAUACAACCACGCUGUACAAUUUAAUGGGUGUUAAGGAAAAACAAAAGGAAAAUGUAUUUAUAUUCGAACCGUCCAAGAAACCAGCCGGGAUAAUGUUUUCAAGCACUACUAAAGACAAUAAAAAAAUGUUCGUCUUUACAGGAAAAAAUUAUUUUGAUAAGGUGCUUGAAGGCAUUGAGGCAAAGGCUUGGAAAGCAGAUGAGAAAACAUGUAUGGAUGUAGUCGAAAUGGUUGUGAAACCAAUAGUUCUACAACUAGUAAAUUCUGCAUGUAAACCGUAAAUUAUUAGUAACACUAAAUCUAAGUUUAGUGUCUUUGUCUAUAGUCUAUAUAGUAUAGUCUAUAAAAAAUAUUUUUUUGAAUUUGUUAUGUCUGAAAUAAUUAUUUGGUUCUCUC